AAAAAAAAAAAAACCAGAAAGCCUCUCGAUUUUUCUCCCUUCUCCCUUUUGCAGAUCUGCGACGGCCACCAUCACCCUUGUUCCUUCACCUCCGACCUUCACCAUCUCCCUUCUCCCUUCUGCAGAUCUGCACGGCCACCAUCACCCCUGUUCCUUCACCUCCAACCUUCACCAUCCUCUUGCUAGCUAAUCGUCACUCUCAUCUCACCAAUCACCAAGAAGACGAUGUAGAUCUAGCCGCAAGCCCCUUGGGACUCUGACCUUGACAUUUUCUUGCGUCUCAUCAUCAUCACUGCCUCCACCUUCAUCACCGUAUGUGGCAUGCCAAUUGGAACCAUAAAGCUGACUAUAAAAAAUAUUUUCCAACAUGGCAUGUGAGGCGGGAUCUUUCCCUCCACAUAACAGACUUCAUCCGCAACAUGAAGAAAUUGCAAGGCUUAAACCCAAAGAACUUCGGCGGAGCCAAUAUCUACAACGGCAUUAUGAUCCGUUACGUCAAGGCUUUGCCGGCAUACCGAGCCAACCGGAGGAUUCUGUGGUGAUUGAUUUCAACUAUUACCGCGUUGACAAUGCUUCCACCCCGAGGCUAAAGGAAGACAUCUGGGAAGAAAUCAAGCAAAUGGCAUUCUUCAAGUAUGGCGUGCGGCCACAUUGGGCGAAGAACAAGAAUCUUGGGUUCUUGGGAGUGCAGAGUAAUUACCCAAACUUCAACAAAUUCAUUGCGGAGAAGAAACAAUUGGACCUGCAAGGCAUAUUCUCUAGCAAAUUGUCGGAUCAGAUAUUGUUGGGAAGCAAAGCUACUAAUAAAGGCAACGGGUGGGGAAGGACAGUGCAUUUGCUCAUAGGACAAACAUUGCAGUCCGAGCACAGGGAAUCUACCUCUAAUUUGGAGAACAUUCAAGGGGUCAAUGCAAUCACUACUUGUACUGGUAAGGUUAUAGAGCCAUUGCAAAAAUCAUCUAAAUUGAAGGGUGUUACUCCAAGUAGCCGUGAAGAUGACCUGUUGGAAGAACCUGAGAAGGAGGUCCCAAUUCGAGUUCCUUUCCCUCAAGCUCUUAAAUCUGGAAAGAUUUCAGACAAUCAAGGUACCAACUUAUGCCAAAGUGAUCAAGGAUCUAUGCACCAUAAAAAGGAAACACCAUGUCAAGAAAACUGCAUUCUUGACAGAGUAGGUCUUGGAGAGAUAAAACCCACAUUUGUGGUAUUACAGUUGGCUGAUCGUUUUUGUAGGAAACCAAGAGGGAUAGUGGAAGAUGUUUUGCUUCAAAUUGAUAACUUUUAUUAUCCUGUUGAUUUUCUUGUGUUAGACACUCAGUCUGAAGUUAAUAGUGAGUCAAAAAUUCCACUUAUUUUAGGAAGGCCAUUUUUUGCUACUGCUAAUGCUCUCAUUAAUUGUAGGAAUGGUUUGAUGAAACUUUCAUUUGGGAACAUGACUCUUGAGGUGAAUAUUUUUCAUGUUGGGAAGCAACCACAAGAAGAUGAUGAAUGUUAUCAUUCCUACAUGAUAGAUUCACUUGUUGAGGAAGUACAAGAAAGGGGAAAUUCUAAAUCUUUAGAACACUUCCUUUAUAAUUUUGAUUUAAACUCUGAGUUUUUGCUUUAUCCUGAUAAUGGUAUUUCUAAUGUUUCUUUUAUUUCUAAUGCUGAUCAGGAUAAGCAAAAGAAGUUUUGGCAACCACGCUUUGAGGAGUUACCAUGUGAAAGGGAACAACCAAAGCCAUCUUCACUAGAGACACCAAAAGUCGAGUUAUCCCCACUUCCUGAAGGGUUGAAACAUGCAUUCUUGGGUCCAGGUGAUACCUUUCCUGUUAUAAUAUCUUCUAAACUUAGUGCAGAGCAAGAGGAGAAAUUGAUACAUAUAUUAAAAGAACAUAAAUCUGCACUAGGUUGGACUAUAGCUGACAUUAAAGGUAUAAGCCUGUUGAUUUGUUCUCAUAGGAUUCAUUUAGAAGAAGGAUCUAUCCCACGUAGAGACCCUCAAAGAAAAUUGAACCCAACAAUGAAAGAAGUUGUGAAAAAAGAGGUCUUGAAAUUGUUGGAUGUAGGAAUCAUAUAUCCUAUAUCUGAUAGUAAAUGGGUUAGUCCUACUCAAGUAGUGCCAAAGAAAUCAGGGGUAACAGUAGUUGAAAAUGAUGAGGGAGUUCUUGUACCAACUAGGGCAGUAACUGGGUGGCGCAUGUGCAUUGAUUAUAGGAAAUUAAAUGCAGCCACUAGGAAGGACCAUUUUCCGUUGCCUUUUAUUGACCAAAUUUUAGAACGUGUUGCUGGCCAUCCUUUCUAUUUCUUUCUUGAUGGUUAUUCAGGUUAUUAUCAGAUUGAGAUAGCUUUAGAAGAUCAGGAAAAGACUACUUUUACAUGUCCUUUUGCCAUAGCUCAACCUUUGUGUAACCUCCUAGUCAAAGAUGUUGAGUUUAAUUGGACUCCUAAAUGUGAAGAAGCUUUUCGAACCCUUGUCACCAAAUUAACUACCGCACCGAUCAUACAAUCACCAGAUUGGAGUCUUCCAUUUGAAAUUAUGUGUGAUGCUAGUAACCAUGCUUUAGGAGCAGUUUUAGGCCAAAGAAGGGAAGGGAAGCCCUUUGUUGUAUAUUAUGCUAGUAGAACUCUUAAUAGUGCUCAAAGGAAUUAUUCUACAACUGAAAAAGAGUUACUAGCUGUUGUUUUUGCAUUAGAUAAAUUCCGUUGUUAUCUCAUUAGUUCACCUAUUAUUGUGUUUACUGACCAUGCAGCUCUUAAGUACCUUCUAUCUAAGAAGGAUGCUAAAGCUCGUUUGAUUAGGUGGAUUUUACUUUUGCGGGAAUUUGAUCUCACAAUUAAAGACAAGAAGGGUGUUGAAAAUGUGGUGGCUGAUCAUUUGUCUCGAUUGGAGCUUAAUGACUCCAAUAUUGAAAGUUCACCAAUUCGAGACGACUUCCCUGAUGAACACUUGCUCACUGUUAGCCAAGUUCCAUGGUAUGCUCACAUUGUUAACUACUUGGUUUCUAGUGAAUUCCAUUGGAUUGGAGUGCACAAGAUAAGCGUAAGUUCUUGGUUGAGGUGUCAAAAGUUAGGUGCAUUAACUCAUCGUCACAUGAUGCCUCUUAACCCAAUUCUAGUCACUGAGAUUUUUGAUUGUUGGGGUAUUGAUUUCAUGGGACCAUUUCCAUCUUCUUUUGGUUACCUGUAUAUUCUUCUUGCUGUUGAUUAUGUGUCUAAAUGGGUUGAAGCUAUACCUUGCCGUACCAAUGAUAACAAAGUAGUUGUUAAGUUCUUGAAAGAAAAUGUGUUAUCUAGGUGUCAACCGCUUACCAUCCACAGACUAAUGGACAAGCUGAAUUAGCCAAUAGGGAGGUUUGAUGACUAAAUGGAGAGAAUUAGAAGAAAAAGGACUUAAAUGCAAAGAGCUGAAAAGAUGAGGAUCUAAGGAUAAAUCAAAAGUUUAAAGGCUCAAGUGAGAUUUUCUCCAUUCUUGAUCAAGGAGCAAAUUGCAAAGCUCAGAAAUAUGAUGAUCAACUUGCACGGAAUCCAAGAGUCAA